GCAUAGGCUCGGUGGCGGUGCGGAUCGUCACAUGUGUGGCUUGGCGAUCAACUGUUGACCGAUGCAAUAAUACUUGCUAGCACAGCCCGUGAUAGGCCGCAGCCAAACUGGUUUGUCGUCAACAUCUUCCUGACGCAUCCGUUCUUUUCUUCUUCUACAACACUGCUUCCAAGCGUUUGGCUACAGGGAGAACGGUCGCGGUACCAGUUUCUUUCACUCAACUCAAUUCACAAAAUGGCUGACAGUAAUUCCAACAACACUCCUACAAAGUCCUCGGCUGGAGGGAACAACCAAAACCCAGAAUCGCCUACCACUGCACGUCCGCUGGAUUUUGAUGAUGAGCCGCAGGAAACCGGCGUUGUCUCUACCCCAUCCAAAGCAACGCCUUCCAAGCCGGCCGCUGAGGGUGAUGCUCCCCCGCCUAAACCGCCACGCCCUAUCAGCCCGCGACAACAGGCAGAAGACACGUUGAAAGAAGCCUUCCCAUCAAUAGACGCGACCGUGGUCAAAGCUGUUUUAAUAGCGAGUGGCUACAAUGUCGAACGAGCUUUCCAUGCGCUGCUAGGUAUGACGGAUCCCAAUGCCCAGGAAGAGCUUCCCCCGCCCCCGCCAGUGAAGCCACCAAGGCCCACGCAUACCGCGACUUCUACGACGCAGCAACAACUACAAGAUGAUGAGCGCUACGCACGCCAACUUGCUGAGCAUUAUGGCUCAGCCCGCCCCCGUGACCCAGCUUGGGACGCUCCAUCAGGCAACUAUCCGGAAGAGCGAGAACAUAGCUUCUUUGAUGAUGACUUGCCGGUGAUUCGAGACAAUAUCCGAAAGGGUUUCCUGGAGACCCAAUCAAAGGUCAAUUCUUGGGUGCAGAAUUUUAAAAAGAAGCUUGACGGCGAGGAAGAAGACGAUCAUCCCACCUCCGAAGGUUAUCUGCAAUCAUACGGGGAAACCCAGACUUACGGCCGCUCAAGACGAAGUGGCGACUCAGGCCGGCGCAGCGGAGAUCGUGAACGAUACGAUGCCGACCCGCAGGUUCUGGGAGAUGAUUUCUCGGCAUUGGAAUUAAGGGAUGCUGAAGCUCCUCCUCCACGCCCUGCCCGUCCUUUGGCAAACCCCAAUCUUUUCAAAUCUUCCUCUCAAGAAAGAAGGAAAGUCUCAUUCCAGGAUGGACCACCCGAGGAAAUCGAUAAUAUCUAUGAUUCUCAAGAGCCAACUAAGCGCACAGCUUCGACAGGAGGCAAGUCAAGUAAAUGGCAGCCUCUUUCUACCGUUGACCCCUCCCCGGUCGGAGAAAACGAUCCUUUCAGUCUUGGCGAUAGCGAGGAUGAAAAGGAUACCAAACCAAAAGAUACCCAGACAGACGAGUCAGAUCGCGUCAAGAAAGCCACGGCGGAUGCGAUGGCAGAAGACCUCGGGACGAAUUCAAAGGAUGAGGACAAGAAAGAGAAAGCUGAGGAGAAAUGAUCUAGCCUGUCACUUUCUCAGAUACAUAUUCCGAUGCAAAUUGUAAUUUGAGAUAUCCCCAUUUGACGGAUUUUUUUGGAAAUUUAACGUAUAAUGAAUCUGGCACGCGUGUUUCGAGUAUAUCCAGAAGGGGCGGUUUCGCUCAGCAUUGACAUGUAAAAAGCUUGCUUGCAUAUUAAGAAUUUAUAAU